AUGCCUGCGCGCAGCCGCCACCGCGCCCGCCUCCCCUCGGGCUCCCCGCCCCGGGCUCCGCCCCCGCCGCGCGAGGUGCUCCUCUCCGGCGAGCCCCGGAGGGCCCCGGACUCCGACGGCGGCUCGGACGCCGACUCGGAUCUGGGUCCCGAGAGCCCGUCACAGCCGGCGGAGGAAGUACAAGAGGAAAUGGCAGGGCCCAGUCAACUCUGCAUCCGCCGCUGGACCACCAAGCACGUGGCUGUGUGGCUAAAGGAUGAAGGCUUUUUUGAGUAUGUGGACAUUUUAUGCAACAAACACCGACUUGAUGGAAUCACGUUGCUAACACUGACUGAGUAUGAUCUCCGGUCUCCCCCUCUGGAAAUCAAAGUCUUGGGGGACAUUAAAAGGCUAAUGCUGUCAGUCCGAAAGUUGCAGAAGAUACAUAUUGAUGUUUUAGAAGAGAUGGGCUACAGCAGUGACAGUCCCAUGGGUUCCAUGACUCCUUUGCUCAGCGCUCUUCAGAGUACGGAAUGGCUCUGCAAUGGAGAGCCUUCCCACGACUGUGACGGACUCAUGACUGACUUGAAUUCUGAUCAGUACCAGUACAUGAAUGGGAAAAACAAGCAUUCUAUUCGAAGAUUAGACCCAGAGUACUGGAAAACCAUCCUGAGUUGUAUAUACGUUUUUAUUGUAUUUGGGUUUACAUCUUUCAUCAUGGUCAUAGUCCAUGAACGAGUGCCUGACAUGCAGACCUAUCCACCACUGCCCGAUAUAUUCUUAGAUAGCGUUCCCAGAAUCCCGUGGGCCUUUGCCAUGACGGAAGUAUGUGGUAUGAUUCUCUGCUAUAUUUGGCUCCUGGUUCUCCUUCUGCACAAGCACAGGUCAAUACUUCUGCGAAGGCUCUGUAGCCUGAUGGGCACUGUUUUCUUGCUUCGCUGCUUUACCAUGUUUGUGACCUCCCUCUCCGUACCAGGACAGCAUCUACAGUGUACUGGAAAGAUAUACGGCAGUGUAUGGGAGAAAUUACACCGUGCCUUUGCUAUUUGGAGUGGCUUUGGUAUGACCUUGACUGGCGUUCACACUUGUGGAGAUUACAUGUUCAGUGGCCACACAGUCGUCCUAACUAUGCUGAAUUUCUUUGUCACUGAAUAUACACCAAGAAGCUGGAAUUUCUUACACACUUUAUCCUGGGUUCUCAACCUGUUUGGAAUCUUCUUCAUCUUGGCUGCCCAUGAACAUUAUUCCAUUGAUGUAUUUAUUGCCUUUUAUAUCACAACAAGACUCUUUUUGUACUACCAUACUCUGGCUAAUACCAGAGCAUAUCAGCAGAGUAGGAGGGCAAGAAUUUGGUUUCCCAUGUUUUCUUUUUUUGAAUGCAACGUCAAUGGCACAGUACCUAAUGAAUAUUGUUGGCCAUUUUCAAAACCAGCUAUAAUGAAAAGGCUGAUUGGAUGAAGACUGCAUCUUUGUAAAGAGUUCAUGAUUAAAUAUACAGUAGCUGUUGAAAAUGAA